UAUUUCACUGAUUGGAAUUAUUAGUGUUCAUAAACUUCAAUAAGUGGAGACGCAAUUGGUAAUUUAAUUUUGCGUGUGAUCUCGAUAAAUAAUUUUUUAUUUUAUAAUCUUCGUCAAUCGAGAGGGCUGUAGAUUUCGCGCGGUCGAUCGAGUGAUCAACAGAAAUGAUGAAGUGCUGCAAGUGAUUUUGAUUUUUGGGACCGGCAUUUUUGAAGUUUUCGUAAAUAAGGAGAUGAUUAGAUGCUGCGAGUAAAAAAUAAGGGUUUAGGGUUUGUUGCAGAGGUGAAGAGCUAUAGAAUUUCCCUUCGUAGUGUGGAAAAAUAUGCAGUGAAAUUUUUUUGAGUUAGCUUCGUUGAUCAGCUUGUGGAUGAUUUCUCACCAGAAUCAUCUUCACUCAAAGGUCUAUUUCUGGCCUCAGGCUAUACUUUAUCAACCUCUCCAGCCAAUACUUGACCUUUCCACUCCAAACAAGCGAAUCCACCCAGCAGGGUUGUGCAGAGUUCAAUUUAGGGUUUUGUCACCGGGUACAGGAAACACAAUACACUUCAUUAAUGGAAAGUCUGCAGCACCUCUUGGGGAAAUUGAGGGUCAUCAUAUGCCCACUGCCUAGGUCCGCUCAUCAUCAUGGACAGAUAUUGUGACACAUGGACGACCACCCGAAGUCCCUCAUUGGAUGUGAACUUUAUUUGCAACAAUUGAAGCUUCUCUUGGAAGCUAGCUUGGAAAGAGGAUGACAACUUGCAAGUCAAAGAGUCUUGGUUUUCCAAGAAGCAUGACAACUUGCAAGUCAAAGAGUUGUGGGCGCUUUGUUAAAAGCUGUCGCUUUGGCUAAAUAUAUUUGUUAUAUCAGGUGGCUUGCAAGCAGUAAUGCUCAAUGGACCUAUCUAGGUGUUUGUUGAAAAGGUCUCUACAUUUAAACCAACUGAACCAGAUUCAUGCUCAGAUACUUGUGAGUGGGUUGCACCAGGAUGAUCACCUAGUAACAAAGCUAAUUACCUAUACCAUAUCAACGGGAAAUUCAAAACUUGCUUCAUUGGUUUUCAGACAAGUGAAAUGCCCAACUAGGCUAUUGUGGACUUCCAUGAUUAGAGGCUAUUCAUUCAACGGCCCCCAUGGAGAAGCAGUUAUAUUCUAUUCACUAAUGAAGGGUCAGUCCUUCUUGCCCAAUAAUUAUAACUUCCCUUUUGCUCUUAAAGCUUGUGGGAUUCUUAAAACUCUCUUUGAAGGCCAACAGAUCCACUCUGACAUUGUGAAACUAGGAUUUCUCUCUGACAUUUUUGUCCAGACAGCUCUUCUAGACAUGUAUGUGAAAUGCAGCAGAAUGGAAUGUGCAAAGCGAGUGUUUGACAAUAUGGCAAUGAAAAAUGUGGUUUCAUGGACUGCAAUUCUUGCUGGGUAUUGCAAUAAUGGGUUUUUAGAGCAGGCUGAGGGCCUAUUUCAUGACAUGCCUGCAAAAAAUGUUGUAUCAUGGAAUGUGAUGAUCAAUGGCUUGGCACGUUUGGGGCAUUUAGAAGAGGCACGACAAUACUUUGAUAGGAUGCCUCAGAAAACUGUAGUGUCAUGGACUACCAUGAUUUGUGGUUAUUCAAGGGCGGGUGAUUUGACAAAUGCGAGAUUGUUCUUUGAUUGCAUGGGCCAGAAGGAGGUUGUAGCCUGGACAGCAAUGAUAUCUUCAUAUGUCCAGAAUGGGGCACCGGAUGAGGCCAUUAAACUUUUCUCUGAAAUGCUGGCUUCUGGUGUAAAGGUGGAUGAGGUCACUAUGUUAGCUGUGAUCUCUGCUGCUACUGAGUUAAGCAGUUUGCAUCUUUGUGCAUGGAUAGAGAACAGGAUUAAUGAGGGUGGCCUUAAUGCUGAUAUUCGAAUUUUGAAUGCUAUUUUGAACAUGUAUGUGCAGUGCGGAAGGAUAGAUAAAGCUCUUGAAAUUUUUCAUAAAAUGCCCAUGAGAGAUGUUAUAUCCUACAAUUCAGUUAUAAUGGGAUGUGCCAGCCAUGGCAAUGCUGAUAGUGCUCUUUCUUUGUUUUCUAUGAUGAUUGAAGCUAAGGUUCAGCCAAACAGCAUAACGUUUGUUGGGGUCUUGACUGCUUGUGCUCAUAUGGGUCUUGUGGAUGAGGGACGUAAAUAUUUCCACUUAAUGCUUGAGUUAGGCUUCAUUGAACCAAAGGUGGAGCAUUAUGCUUGUAUGGUGGAUCUUCUUGGUCGUGCUGGUUACAUAGAUGAGGCCUACGAUGUUGUUGUGAGCAUGCCAAUUAGACCUGAGGCUAGCACAUGGGGGGCUUUGCUUGGUGCUUGUAGGAUCCAUGGGAGAAUUGACUUGGCUGAACUCGUUUCCAAAAAGCUUUUUGAGAUGGAGCCUGAUAACCCUGGUAAUUAUGCUAUUCUUGCAAAUAUUUACUCAGAAAAGAGAAUGUGGGAUGAAGCAGGUAGGGUGAGGAAAGCCAUGGAGGAUAAGAGGGUGCUCAAAACACCAGGAAGCAGUUGGGCUGAGCUUGCUGAUUGAUAACCUAUUUAACUUGUUUGGCAUAAGGUUUGUGGUUGACAGACCCAUUUUGCACCCUGUUAGAUUGUCAGAACUGAUCUUUGUAGGGUUAUUGAUCAAAGAUCUUCCACCAAUGAGGCCAUUAUUUCUAUGAUUAAGAAUGAAUCUUCUUUCUUGUUCAGGACUGUGAUAGUGACACCAGAAGGGCCAUGGGCUUCUCUGGUUUUACAUUUUGACAAGAUUAAAAGCUCUCAAUUCUUAAGCUGUGAUGAAGGGUACAUUUAAGUGCUACCAACAGUUCCAUAACUCCAUAGGAUGCAAGGACUGACAGUCUGUAAGCAAUCGAAGGAUCCAAAAUGAGCAAGGACUGACCAUGUAAUGCUUUGAUUUGCUAGUGUUAUCUGAAUUCUUAAAAGUUUAAUACUCACUCCCCUGCAAGUAGUAUUGGUGCACAAGUAACAUGGUAGUUUCAAGGCAAUAAACCUACCUAUCACUUCUGUUGUGAAAGACCUGUCCUCGCAUCAGCAUUUGAGGAACACCCUGACAAGGGAGGACCAUAACAACAACUCUUCAGUGGGAUGCUGAAUUUGGAUGGCACUGUAGCACGAGGAUGGUUACAGUGCCUUCAGGUAAUAAGAAUUUUUUCCCAUCUCAUAUUUGGGUUGCAAUUUGUACGAGAACAUCAUUUACAGAAGCAGAUCUCGUGCAUGAGAGGUGCCUUAAUCAAAAGAUUGGUGUGGGAAGAAUUUGUGGCGGUGAAAAAACCUAGCUAGAGGGAACUUUGCCAUGCCAUUUGAUGAUACUGAACUGCAAUCAGAUCCAGGCAUAUUGAUAUUGCAGGCAAUUCGAGCAGAAAAGAAAGAAACAAAUCUGGAUUUUCGAGCAGAAUUUCACAAUCAGGGCCGCAUUAAAGUAGCAUACUCGGGGCUAGGAUUUAAGAAGAUUUUGACUCAAAUUAAAGGGGUGAUCGAUUCGCGUUGCAGAUUUACAGAGGAUUGCAAGAAUGUGAAAAGCUUAAUAAACAGUGAAAUUGAUGUCGUUGAUGAUGAACAUCUUGCUUUGGCUUUCGAUCAUUUGCGAUGGCUGCUUUAUGAUGUAAUCAUGAAAAUCGAUGGCUCUGAUGAUGAAUUUCAUGCUUCGGCUUAUUUGAUUUUUGAAGUUGUGAGAACUGUUCGCUGGGAUGACGAAAAUUUGGUGAAACAGCUUUCUAUUAUUCGCUACUUUAUGAGGAAAUCAUAAAAAUAGAUGGCUCUUUUGACAAUUUUUAAUGCUUCAGCUUUUGAUUAUUUGCUUUAUGGGAACGUUCUGAAAACAUUGAUGCUCAGAUGAUGGAUUUUUUGCUUCAGCUUCUAAUCUUUCUGCUUUAUGAGGAAA